GAGAUUCAUGUCAGCACCGAAGGAUGCGAGGGGCGAAAGAAAAAAAGGAGGCCUUUUUGUUUGAGUGAGGUCUUAUUUUGUGAGUGAAGGGCAGUGGGUGCUGAAGAAAAAUAACAGUUUGUGAUCGCUCUUUCCUCUUCUUCCUUCUCGUCUCGAUAUCGGGGAAGUUAGGCAGCAGAGGCGAAAGAAAGAAGUGAUGGACUUUUUGUUGCUUGGCCUAGAAGAACCACCUAUUGAGCGAAGAGCUGGUUUGCGAAGGGAUCAAGCAGGCCGAGGUUGCUACCGAGCUAGCUAAUGAGGCAGGGUGGUUGGUCUGCUCGCUUUUGACUUUGGUACAUAGCUACAAAGGGAUUAUGGGGUCUGCCACUUCGUUGAAUCAGUUGUUUAGGAAUCUUUGCCACCAUUCUAUGUGGAAAUAUGGUAUUCUUUGGAAGUUUCAAGAUCAGAACCUCAUGCUAUUGACAUGCGAAGAUUCUUAUGCUAUUGAUACAAAGUCAGGCGUUGCUAUGGAAUAUAAUCAGUACAAACAAGAAUUCAUCAACAAUGAUCCUUGGAUUAGCCCUUUCGGCUGUGAAUCUAUCGCUCAAAAUGGAAGUAUUUCUGGCUGUUCCAUUGUAGUUGCAGUUUCCAAAAUGAUGCGAUUCUCAUACUUAAUUGGUGAAGGGAUCGUUGGCAAAGUGGCAUCCAUGGAGAGGCAUCAAUGGAUUUGUAUUGGAGAGGUGAACUCUGAGCUACUUUUGGAGUAUCCAGAAGAGUUGGGACUUCAGGUUGCAGCUGGAAUCAAGACAAUUCUACUUCUACCCAUACUUCCUCUUGGACUUGUGCAGCUUGGGUCAUUGGAUAAGAUAUCAGAAGACUUGACAAUGGUGGCUCAACUUAAGGAUUUGUUUUGUGCCUAUCAAAGCACUAUUGAUUCAAAUUCUUAUUUUGAACUGAGAAUGGGACAAAUUGAUUCCUACAUGGCAUUGAACAGACCUCCAGAGAAGUAUUCCACCUGUUUGGAAGUAAACAACUUCAUUGAUCUUAAACAAAAUCAACCAUUUAUGAUGCCUGAUUUGGCGACGCUCACCUUUGAUCAAGCAAUGGUGAAUGAACAUUUAUUAAUGGGUUCUAUUGGUUUACCUCAUCCCAUGGUUCAAUCCUAUGAUCCAUUCACUCAAGUUGGUGUUCAUCAGGGUCACGGACUCAGCACAGAAUUGCUAGAUGAAAUAAGAUGGAAUGAAAUGUGCAGUGAAAUUUUUCAAGAUCGUUCAGAGGAACAGAUUAUGCUUAUUAAUAAAGGUUCCUUCACUGGAAGGACAAUGGAAAGUGAUAAAUCAUCUAUUCUUCAUGAGGCGGUUAAACCGAUUCCAGUCGUCAGUCAGGGGUUGAUUUACAAAAAACCUAGAGUGUUUGAUGCUUGUGAUAUCAACAAGGCUAAUCUUAAUUUUAAUUUUGUGGAGGAUGUUGUUAUUGAUUCCACAACUGAUAGCAGAAAUCUAGACUUCUCUGUUGAAUCUGGACAGCACAAACUAAUGGUUCAAAGUGGCAUUUUGGGUUGGAACAACAGUACAUGGAUGCAAAAUCAAUCAAAAUCCAUCGAAGGGAGUGGAAUAAUCAGUGGUUUUAAAGCAGCGGUGCCUGAGACAAUUGGAUGCUCAGUUGAACUUUGUAUUCUGGAGAAAAACGUAGGAGAAAAUUCAGCACAGUUGGCCAUGGAAGAACUGCCUGCUGUUUCAGAUGACAAGGAAUUAGAAUCACGUGAAUGCGUGAAAUCUCGCUGCAGUUCAUCAGGAAGAUGCAGCGACUCUUGUAUAACACAGUGCAGAACUGAAAAUGUGUCAAAUUCUGAAGAUUCUGCUUUCGAUAGUGACAAAAUGACCUCAUUACUUUGGGAUUCUGAAGGUCUUACAAACUAUCUCACAACUUGUCCACAAAAGAGUUCUGUCUAUAUGCCACAAAAAAAUGAAGGUCAUGAGAACUCCAUAUGUGAAUUUUCGAGGAGUUGCUUGAAGGAAUCGCGUAGUAGCAACAGACAAACAAAAAAUCGAAGCGCUCACAGGCCAAGGCCCCGGGACAGACAGUUGAUUCAAGAUCGUAUUCGGGAGCUAAGGGAGCUGAUCCCAAAUACAUCAAAGUGCAGCAUUGAUGCACUUCUGGACCAGACUGUAAAGCACGUGAUGUUCCUUCAAAGUGUUCCUAUCCACGCUGAUAAGCUGAGCCAAUCUACAAGCUCAAAGAUCAGAGUGAAGGAUUCAAAUUUAGAAGGGACCCAGGUGCCUGAGAACCCAGCAAGUUCGGCACAUGAGGUGGGAAAUAAAUCGAUGCCAUUCCCUCUGGUCGUUGAAAAUCUUGACCAGCCAGAUCAAAUGCUUGUAGAGAUGCAAUGUAGGAACCAUGGGCUCUUCUUAGACAUAGCACAGGCAAUUAAACGUCUGGGACUAACCAUCCUGAAGGGCAUUUUGGAAAGCCGGUUAGAAGAACUCUGGGCACACUUCAUUAUUGAGAUUCCUAAAGGCUUCCACCGCAUGGAUAUAGUCUGGCCAUUGAUGCAGUUGCUGCAGCUCAAGUUUUAAGUGCAUAUUGGUGUUAAAAUAACAAAGAAUGUCAGCUUUAUUUGUGACUUAUGUUAAUAGUGCUGUGUUUGGAUUGGAAGUCUUUUUAGUAACUUUUUGUCCAGAUUGUAUGAGUAGUAUUAUUUUGUUUUAUGUGUCCAUUAAUAAUACA